AUGGCGUUGGUGGUGGCGGUGGGGAUUGGGGCAUGGAUUAGGAGGAGGCAGUGGAGGAGGAUGAGUAGGGAGACGGUGAAGGGUGGGGUGGAGCUUUUGAGUAAGUUAAAUUUGUUUUCCCUUGUGGUGGGGAGGGGUGUGGUGGGGAGGGAUGUGGUGGGGAGGGAUGUGGUGGCCUGGUGGGAUCAACCUCAAAAUCCUAAGCCACGAAAAGUUCAGACGAAAGUAAAUUCAUAUUUUCUGAAAAAUGAUGUUGUUAUGGGUGAUAUUCCAAGUUCAGUUGUGGAAGAACCUUCUAGUUCUGUAAGAGUUGAGUCUCGUGAAAUUGAUGUUAAUCACAUUGAACGUGAUCCGGGAAAACGCCCUGCAAUCUCGUCAUAUCCUAUUAAUGAGCGUGAUGAAGUUCGAAUAAAAUAUAUACUUUAUGGUCCUUAUCAACCAAAAUUAGAAGAGUAUCCAACGCAUCUUUGUGGAGAUCAAGAUCGCAGAUUUAAUGGGAAGUGGUUUGAAAAAUAUCCUUGGCUUGAGUACUCUGAUGAGAAUGAUAAGGCUACUAUAGAGGCUGUAAGAUUGUUAGCAAAGCAAGCACUUGCAUUUAGAGGUGAUGAUGAAUCUGCUGAGUCAUCUAAUCGUGGAAAUGUUGUUGAGAUGGUGGAUUCCUAUGGCAGAAUGAAUGAGGAAGUUGCAAAAGUCACCUUAGAAAAUGCCCCUCGAAAUGCUACUUAUACUUCACCAAGGAUUCAAAAAGAAAUUCUGAGUAUUCUUGCCAAUAGAGUUAGAAGAAAAAUUUGUGAAGAGGUUGGGGAGGCUAAGUUUUGUCUGCUUAUUGAUGAAGCACUUGAUGAAUCAAAGAAGGAACAAAUGGCAAUUAUCUUGAGAUUUGUUGAUUCUCAUGGGUUUGUUCGUGAACGAUUCUUCCAUGUUGUAAGUGUUAGCGAUACUUGUGCUGCAACUCUUAAGAGUAACAUAGACAAUGUUCUUACUGAAUACAAUCUUCAAGUUGAAAAUUUGCAUGGUCAAGGAUAUGAUGGUGCUAGCAACAUGCGUGGUGAGUGGAAUGGGUUGCAAGCACUAUUUUUGCAAAAGUGUCCAUAUGCAUACUAUGUACAUUGUUUUGCUCAUCGCCUACAACUAGCUUUAAAUGCUGCAGCUAAAGAUGUGGGUGUUGUCUAUUUAUUCUUUCAAAUGAUGACUAAUAUCAUUAAUGUUGUUGACUCAUCUACUAAGCGUGUUUCUGAGUUAAAAUCUAUUCAAGAAGUUGAAGUUGUGGAACAAAUUGCUGCUGGGGAACUUGAAACCGGAAAGGGAGCUAAUUAG